AUGCCACAUGUCGUAAUCAUAAAAGAUGAGGAGAGAGGAGGAGCGUGUCCGAUUUGUCUCGAGGAGUGGUUGGAAGGUGACGUGGCAGAGGAGAUGCCAUGUAAAGCACAGUUUCCACUCAAAGCGUGUAGGAGUGGUUGGGGAGACAUGCCACGUGUACGUUGUGCAGGUACAAGAUGGCCUGUUGAAGAAGUGGAGGGAGAGAAGAAGGCAGGGGUUUGGAUUGGGUUCUCUGUUAGUGCCGGUGCAAGAAGAAAUGAAGAAGAAGACGGAGGAAGGAGAAGUGAUGGUGAUUCGGACCCUCGAGAUGAAACAGAGUCUUAG